CAAAAACCAGAACCAGGUGCAUAAUCUUGUAUUCUGUGGAUAUCCCUGGAGCAGAACUGAGUACCAGUUAAAAUACUUUUUUGGGGGAUACACAUGUGAGAUACUAAGUACUUGCAGAAGAUUUUUGUCUUUCUUUUUAAAGUCACUUUCCUUGGAAUAUUGUGAGCAUAUUUGUGGCCAUUUAAGGUUUGUGUGAUUUUGCUAAAAUGCAUCACCAACAGCGAAUGGCUGCCUUAGGGACGGACAAAGAGCUGAGUGAUUUACUGGAUUUCAGUGCGAUGUUUUCACCUCCUGUGAGCAGUGGGAAAAAUGGACCAACUUCUUUGGCGAGUGGACAUUUUACUGGCUCAAAUGUAGAAGACAGAAGUAGCUCAGGGUCCUGGGGGAGCGGAGGACAUCCAAGCCCGUCCAGGAACUAUGGAGAUGGGACACCCUAUGACCACAUGACCAGCAGGGACCUUGGGUCACAUGACAAUCUCUCUCCACCUUUUGUCAAUUCCAGAAUACAAAGUAAAACAGAAAGGGGCUCCUACUCAUCUUAUGGGAGAGAAUCAAACUUACAGGGUUGCCACCAGCAGAGUCUCCUUGGAGGUGACAUGGAUAUGGGCAACCCAGGAACCCUGUCGCCCACCAAACCUGGUUCCCAGUAUUAUCAGUAUUCUAGCAAUAACCCCCGAAGGAGGCCUCUUCACAGUAGUGCCCUGGAGGUGCAGACAAAGAAAGUUCGAAAAGUUCCUCCAGGUUUGCCAUCUUCAGUCUAUGCUCCAUCAGCAAGCACUGCCGACUACAAUAGGGACUCGCCAGGCUACCCUUCCUCGAAACCAGCAGCCAGCACUUUCCCUAGCUCCUUCUUCAUGCAGGAUGGCCAUCACAGCAGUGACCCUUGGAGCUCCUCCAGUGGGAUGAAUCAGCCUGGCUACGGAGGAAUGUUGGGCAAUUCUUCUCAUAUUCCACAGUCUAGCAGCUACUGUAGCCUGCAUCCACACGAACGUUUGAGCUAUCCAUCACACUCCUCAGCAGACAUCAAUUCCAGUCUUCCUCCGAUGUCCACUUUCCAUCGUAGUGGCACAAACCAUUACAGCACCUCUUCCUGUACGCCUCCUGCCAACGGGACAGACAGUAUAAUGGCAAAUAGAGGAAGCGGGGCAGCAGGCAGCUCCCAGACUGGAGAUGCUCUGGGGAAAGCACUUGCUUCGAUCUAUUCUCCAGAUCACACUAACAACAGCUUUUCAUCAAACCCUUCAACUCCCGUCGGCUCUCCUCCUUCUCUCUCAGCAGGCACAGCUGUUUGGUCCAGAAAUGGAGGACAGGCCUCAUCAUCUCCUAAUUAUGAAGGACCCUUACACUCUUUGCAAAGCCGAAUUGAAGAUCGCUUAGAAAGACUGGAUGAUGCUAUUCACGUUCUCCGGAAUCAUGCAGUGGGCCCAUCCACAGCUAUGCCUGGUGGUCAUGGGGACAUGCAUGGAAUCAUUGGACCUUCUCAUAAUGGAGCAAUGGGUGGUCUGGGCUCAGGGUAUGGAACCGGUCUUCUUUCAGCCAACAGACAUUCACUCAUGGUUGGGGCCCAUCGUGAAGACGGUGUGGCCCUGAGAGGCAGCCAUUCUCUUGUGCCAAACCAGGUUCCAGUUCCACAGCUUCCUGUCCAGUCUGCAACUUCCCCGGAUUUGAACCCACCCCAGGACCCUUACAGAGGCAUGCCGCCAGGAUUGCAGGGCCAGAGCGUCUCCUCCGGCAGCUCUGAGAUCAAAUCCGACGACGAGGGGGAUGAGAACCUGCAAGACACGAAAUCUUCCGAGGACAAGAAGUUAGAUGACGACAAGAAGGAUAUCAAAUCGAUUACUAGGUCAAGAUCUAGCAAUAACGAUGACGAGGACCUGACACCGGAGCAGAAGGCAGAGCGUGAGAAGGAGCGGAGGAUGGCCAACAAUGCCCGAGAGCGCCUGCGCGUCCGCGACAUCAACGAGGCUUUCAAGGAGCUCGGCCGCAUGGUGCAGCUCCACCUCAAGAGUGACAAGCCCCAGACCAAGCUCCUGAUCCUCCACCAGGCCGUGGCCGUCAUCCUCAGCCUGGAGCAGCAAGUCCGAGAGAGGAAUCUGAAUCCGAAAGCCGCGUGUCUGAAAAGAAGGGAGGAAGAGAAGGUGUCCUCAGAACCUCCCCCGCUCUCCUUGGCGGGCCCGCACCCUGGAAUGGGAGACGCGUCAAACCACAUGGGACAGAUGUAAAAGGGUCCAAGUUGCCACAUUGCUUCAUUAAUACAAGAGACCACUUCCUUAACAGCUGUAUUAUCUUAAACCCACAUAAACACUUCUCCUUAACCCCUUUUUUUGUAAUAUAAGACAAGUCUGAGUAGUUAUGAAUCGCAGACGCAAGAGGUUUCAGCAUUCCCAAUGAUCAGAAAACCGAAAAACAAACAAAAAAAAAAAAGAAAGAAAAAAGUGCAACUUGAGGGGUGACCCUCUAACAUAUCAUUCAGAAUGUGCAAAGCGGUGUGUGCAGGCUGAGACGCAGCCCAGAGACUGAAUGGCAAUCUUUCCACACUGUGGAACAAUGCAUUUGUGCCUAAACUUCUUUUGGAAAAAAAAAAAAUAUAAUUAAUUUGUAAGUCUGAAAAAAAUAUUUAAUUUAAAAAAUUGUAAACUUGCAAUAAUGAAAAAGUGUACUUCUGAAGACAACUACAUGAACGUUUUUGUUGGUAUUCAAGUCAGCUAGUGUUUAUUAUUACCGGAUAUCGAAUAAGGGAAGCUCGGCUGCCCUCGUAACAAAACCAGCAAACGUCCUGAUGACAACAAAGUGAUGACAUUAGCCAUUCCUUAGGGUAGGAGGAACAGAUGGAUCUUAUAGACCUAUGACAAAUAUAUAUAUAAAUAUAUAUAUAAAUAUAUAUUAAAAAUUUAGUGACUAUG